AUGGCACCUACGGAAAAUGCAACCUCAGAUAUGCCACCAUCAGAGGAAAUCCCGUCCUCCGUUUCCAUCGAUGAUGGCAAGCAGCAUGCGACCAAGACCUCUCCUCUGAACGGGGACUUUGAGAAACUUGUCCGCCAAACGUUGGACAAAUGGCAUAUUCAAGGCGUCGCCGUUGCGGUCGUUGACGGAGACGAGACCUGGGCUGAGGGAUAUGGAAUCGCAGCAUUGCCAGAUGUCCCCGUUCGUCCUUCUACCUUGUUCUACACCGGAAGUACGACCAAAUCCUUCACUGCUGCAGCGGCCUCGUUGUUAGUAGACGACGACGAAAAAUACCCGAGUAUCAAAUGGACCACCCCUCUUAGCCAGAUUAUCCGUGAUGACUUUGUCCUACCUGACGAAUAUGCAACUGCGCACGUUACUUUGGAGGACGCGCUCUCGAAUCGAUCUGGUAUGUCAGGACACGAGUUGACAUUAGGUCGCCCAGGUACUGUACGAGAUGUUGUCCGAAAUCUUCGCCAUUUGACAAUCAACAAAGAGAUCAGAACGACUUGGCAGUACUGCAAUGCAUUAUUCAUUGCUGUCGGGCAUAUGAUCGAAGUUGUAACUGGGGAGUGGUUGGGAGACUUUCUGCGUAAACGCAUUUGGGAGCCCUUGGAUAUGGAGUCAACCUUUUUUUCGCUCGAGGAUGCACAACAGUACGCUGCAUCCAGCGAUAAUGACUCCACAGUCGCAAUACCAUAUACAUGGGACGAAGUGACCUCGCAGACAAAAGAGAUUCCUUAUUUCGACGGUGUGUUAGGUGGUGCCGGUGCUGUGAUUUCUAGUGUCCUUGAUUACGCCAAGUACAUCCGAUCGAUGAUGCGGCAGUCUGGCCCGCUAUCAAAAGCAGGAUAUGAUGCCAUGCUUCAGCCCCGUUCGUUCUGUCCGCAAAUACUGCCACAGCUCGAGAAGCAGAUGUUGUAUACAUUAGGCUGGAUGUCGACUACAUAUCAUGGCGAAUUUGUCAUGUUGCAUCCAGGAGGCCUAGAAGGCAUGACUGCGACUAUGAUCUAUUUCCCAGAACGGGACUGGGGUGUUCUCGUCUUCUGUAAUACAGAUGGUCCAGGACGCGAAACGCUAGCGUGGCAUCUUAUAGAUGAUAUGCUGAAUGUCCCGCAAAGCGAGCGUAUGGAUCUGUAUGAGGUAACCCAGAAGAAAUUUGCCAUGAAGAAGGAGUACAACUCAACGGCCCAGCAACGCCUCUACCCAUCCAUCCCAUCUCCACCUCGACCUCUCUCUCUCCCAUUAGCAGACUAUGCUGGCAUAUAUACACACCCAGCUCAUCCAGACUUCAUCAUCAGCGUGGCAUCCAAUGAUGAACUGCGUGUCGAUGUGACCGGAGGAUUCCCUAUCCGAAUGUACUUGAAGCAUGUCACUACCGAAUAUUUCCUAGCUGAGCUGUUUUUCUUCAGGUUUGGUCAGAACAGCGAUGUUGUCAAGGCUGAGUUUCAGCUUAAUAUCGAAGGCAAAGUGGCUAGGUUUGGUGUUGCUGUUGAUUUUGCAGAUAUGCCGGACACUUUGAUUUGGUUUAAGCGUUCGCCUGAAUAG